AAGAAAGAGGUCGUCGACGUGCCGUACGCAUCCGUAGAAUACCAGCCGAUUGAAGAUGGCUCCAAGCGAAGCGCCGGCGCGCAGGGGAGGAGAUGAAACUGCCGUUAUACCCCGUGUCAUUCCACCCCAUCUGAACCUGCAUCAGGAGAGGGAGAGCAUACUACAGGGAAAACCGAAGCUUCACCUACUACUAUUAAUCAUAGGAUGUUUCAGCGUCGUUGGACUCGCUAUAUUCGCAGCCACAGGAGCGAAGCGAAAAGUGACGUUGAUACCACACCUUAGAACGCCUGCUGUCAAAACAGUCAUCGCUGGCGGCAGUUCGGCUGCCACGUCUGGCCAUGCGCAGACUACCUUUAGCUCAGCCGAGGCAGAGCUAACGAACGACACAAUGCGGAAAGUUGGGUUCCGCGCACAUUCUUACCGACGGCUGCGAGUUCCUCGUGACAAUUCUUCUGCGGACAUUGCUGCCUCCAUAGCGAGAAGCCAGCCCAUAUGGUGUUUCUACGAAUCGGAAGACCACCACUUCACUGUGGACAGUCUUCCUUUCGAGUUAUGUAAUGCGAUUGUCUUCUGCUGUUUCGCACUCAGGCCAGAUGGGAGCAGGCUCGUGCCGAGCGAACAAGACAGGCUUACUCUCCUGGGAAAACGACGCAGGCCUAGCCAAGCGUUUCGUCUUUUCCUAGGCAUAGCCUCGCCUACAGAGACAACGGGAUUCGAAUCCCUAGCUGCCAGAGCCCACGACAAUGUCACCGUCUUCCAAAUGUGCCACCAUCUUUUGGAACACGCGCGGCGGUUUCGUUUGCAAGGAAUACUUUUCCAACCUCCAGACGAAACACCCGUAUCCUUUCACUUGUUCCUUUUUAAGCUUCACGGCUGUCUUGCAUCCUUCGAUAUUGAACUGACUACUAUCCUACCUGAGGCCAUCAUAGACGACAACGCCUUCACCACGUAUGAAGACUAUUUCAAGUAUUUUGAGAACGUAAUAAUCUGGGGCCAUACGCCUAGCAUGGGAUACGCAACGUGUCCUUUCGAUAAAGCGGCUUUGCCAUGGCUCCGUUGGCUAGAGCGUCGCAGUGCUGCCGUGCGCAAGAAAGCGGUGCUCAGCAUAAGUGUGGGCCCGCUUCGGUACAAGUCCCAACUGCAGCACGGCACCUUGGGUCCGGCCUGCUUUGGUCAGCAAGCAAAGGAACCUCCACGAAGAGUUUCCUACGCUCAGUUAUGUCAGAAGAUAUUUGAAUCUGCCAAUGAGGAGUCAGUCGUGGGCUCCGGAUGCCACGUAUACCGCAAGGGAGAAAGUUGUUAUCUCGUCCUUUCUGUCAAAGCAUUGGCAACGAUGGAAGAAGUUCAUCAGCAGUUCAAACACGGUGUUGCCAUCUUGGACCUGAACUUGGACGACUAUAGCGGUGUGUGCGGGGAGAAGUAUCGUGUGUUCAAUGUUCUCUUUAACAUGCUGAACCAUGACAACUGAUCUGCGCAGCCAUGUCGUUGCUUGACUUGGUAGUCAGUAAUUCAAGUUUGUGCAUCGGA